AAUGUUGUUCUUCUUAAAAAAUGUCACAAAAAUUAACAAGAGUUUUGAAAGGAUUCCUGUUCAGCAUUCUACAAAGAAAAAACAGGAGUACAGCCCUCCUUCACCCGUAGUGGUAUGAAUUUGUAUGACACCUAAACAAUAGUUCCUGGCAGGUGUGUAUUGUGUACACUCGAGUUGUGUAGCAAGCUGAUUAGCUAGCUCAUUGGAUGUGGAAACGUUUCAUACAAGCGUCGGGCGCCCAUUUUACGAUUGGUGAUAGCUACUACCUAGACGUCAAAUGCGACAGUUAGCUUUUUUGGGCUUUCCAGCGUCAGCCACGAUCGUCAAAUGAAGGCAAUUUAAAAGAUUGCCCCAACAAUCGUAACCUCAAACCUGCCAUGAGAUUACCCUAACAAGAAAUAGUGGGGAGAAGAUGGCUGCAGAGCUCUUUCCCACCAAGAAGCUGGCCCCAGCAUCCUCAACCAACACAGCUGUGCAGCAAUACCAGCAGCAGAACCUGAAUAACAACAACACCAUUCACAGCUGCAAUUGGCAAGGGCUCUAUCCUACCAUCCGAGAGAGGAAUUCCGUCAUGUUCAACAAUGAGUUGAUGGCAGAUGUUCACUUUGUCGUUGGCCCCCCAGGAGGGACUCAGCGAGUACCUGGGCACAAGUAUGUGCUGGCUGUGGGGAGUUCUGUGUUCCAUGCCAUGUUUUACGGUGAACUGGCAGAGGACAAGGAAGAGAUCCGUAUCCCUGAUGUGGAGCCUCCCUCGUUUCUAGCCAUGCUGAAGUACAUCUACUGCGACGAGAUCGACCUGUGUGCCGACACGGUCCUGGCCACGCUCUACGCUGCCAAGAAGUACAUCGUGCCCCACCUGGCGCGGGCCUGCGUCAACUUCCUGGAGACGAGCCUGAGCGCCAAGAACGCUUGUGUGCUGCUCUCCCAGAGCUGCCUGUUUGAGGAGCCCGACCUGACGCAGCGCUGCUGGGAGGUGAUCGAUGCCCAAGCCGAGCUGGCGCUGCGCUCAGAGGGCUUCACAGACAUCGACUCGGUGACCCUGGAGAGUAUCCUGCGCCGCGAGACGCUCAACGCCAAGGAGAUGGUGGUGUUCGAGGCAGCAUUGAGCUGGGCCGAGGCCGAAUGCCAGCGCCAGGACCUGACGCCCACCAUUGAGAACAAACGGCUGACGCUGGGCAAGGCCAUCUACCUGAUCCGCAUCCCCACCAUGACGCUGGAUGACUUUGCCAACGGUGCGGCACAGUCGGGCGUGCUGACGCUUAAUGAGACCAACGACAUCUUCCUGUGGUACACGGCAGCCAAGAAGCCUGAGCUGCUUUUUGCUAGCAAGCCACGCAAGGGCCUGGCGCCGCAGCGUUGCCACCGCUUCCAGUCGUGCGCCUACCGGAGCAACCAGUGGCGCUACCGGGGCCGCUGCGACAGCAUCCAGUUCGCCGUGGACAAGCGAGUGUUCAUCGCCGGCUUCGGCCUGUACGGCUCCAGCUGCGGCUCAGCCGAGUACAGCGCCAAGAUUGAACUCAAGAGGCAGGGCGUGCCGCUGGGCCAGAGCCUCAUCAAGUACUUUUCGGACGGCUCCAGCAGCACAUUCCCAGUGUGGUUUGAAUACCCUGUGCAGAUCGAGCCCGACACAUUCUACACGGCCAGCGUAGUGUUGGACGGCAACGAGCUCAGCUACUUUGGCCAGGAGGGCAUGACUGAGGUGCAGUGUGGCAAGGUCACCUUCCAGUUCCAGUGCUCCUCGGACAGCACCAACGGGACGGGUGUGCAGGGGGGGCAAAUCCCUGAGCUCAUCUUUUACGCUUGAGGUGUCGAACGUGAGGGAAUCGUAACCCUUCCUCUUUACUGCCACAGUAAAUGCACCACUCCGGAUGUUGAGCAAGCAUCAACUCUUAACUAUGGGUUUAAAAGUGUACCUGGUUUGGAAGAAAAAAAACCAUAUCCAAUGGUGGUUUAGUUCAAUAUUCAAUUGCCUUAUGAGUAUGUCGGACCUAGUGUAGGACUGUAUUUUGACUUAAAACUGGGUUGCAGUGACCAAAUAUUUUCUUCUUUUAAAUGAAGGAUAGGCAUUUGUUCAGGGUUGGUCCUAACACAUUUAACACUAUGUUCACUAAUUUGUUUUACUGUUUAUGAAGCACAGUUCUCAUUUAACAAGAUUAUUAGAAUGUUGUAGGUAGGUUUUUGUUUUUACUUCAAACAUUCCUAUUAUUUUUCAAGUAAAACACUACAACUUGAAUACAAGAUAUUUCAACCUGUGCAAGAAACUCGACAUUGAUGUAGAGGAGACUUAGGGUAUAAUCAAAUAUUUUUGUACUUCGUAACUUGAUAAAUAGUUUAAACAUUUGAUGGUGUAAUUUCUAAGAUUUUGUAUUGUUAACUCAUUUUGUGUUGCUAAUAUUGUUACCUCUCAAUCUAAGUAUCUCCUUGGGUUUUCUGUGAGAUUAAUAAACUGAGAAUAGACAUCAAAUGGCAAUGUAAACCUGUGCUGAGGUUUAAGAUACUUGAGUAUGUUGCCGUCUCAGUGUAGGCCCAAGUAUGUAUAGCUAACAUUUUCUUGCACUACUAUUGGUCCUCUUUUCAAACGGGACAGCCUUUUUGUAUCUUGCUUACUUGUAUACACUUUAAUUUAGGGUGAUUUUUCCCCCCCUUGUUUUCUCUGAAAAUCAGUAUGAAGUGUUGAAGAAUGAGAUUCCAAUGAGAAUCGUGCUGCGAGUUUGACAGUGUCAAUGGACCUAUGAAUGUGUACUGUUGCAUAUAAAUUAGAAAAUAAAAUUAACCAGUUCUGUAAAA